AUGGAUGGAAAUUAUAAUAAUAUAGAAUAUCCUUUAUAUCUAACACAAACAAAUCAAGUAGAUCAAAAUGAUAUAAAUAACCAGAUGUAUGAUUAUUAUUAUUAUAAUAAUCCAGAAGGUAAUAAUAAUAGAAGAAUGUAUAAUAUAACUAAUGAAAAAAAUAUUGAUUAUAAAAAUAAUGAAGACUAUUAUAAUUAUAAUUGUUCUUAUCAUAUAAAUAAUAAAAAUAAUGUUAUUUAUGAUGCAUCUGGAAAUUAUAUAAUGAAUUAUAAUUAUAUUGAUCCAUCAUACUAUCAUAUAAAUAAUGCAAUGAAUUCCAUGAAUAACCCAAUGAAUCCUAUUGAUAAUAGAAUGACUACUAUUAAUAAUUCAUUAAAUGAUUAUGCUAAUAAAACAGAAGAAAAUCAUAAGUAUCAUUUUAAUAAUUCAGAUCCCAAUUGUAAACUUUGUAAUAAAUAUAAAGCAAGUGGAAAUAUAACUUCAAAUAGUUCCUUUCAAUCAUCAGUAAAUCAUAAUAAUGAAGAAAAAAAAAAUUGUUUAGAAAUGACUAAUACAACAACUUAUAACGUUAAUACUUUAUUAAGAAAUAAUAUUUUAUCAUCAGAGUAUUUUAAAUCGUUAAGUAUACUUAAAACGUAUAAAGAAGUAGUAGAUGAAAUUCAUGCAUAUGCAGAUCAUGUUGAACCAUAUUGUAUAGGAAGUAAUAGAGCUCCUUCAACUCUUUUUUGCUGUCUUUAUAAACUUUUUACAAUGCAUUUGUCUGAAAAACAGCUCAAAGGUUUAAUAGAUCAUAAAGAUUCCUGUUAUAUUAGAGCAUGUGGUUUUUUAUACUUGAGAUAUGUUCAUUCACCAGCUAAUUUAUGGCAAUGGUAUGAAUCUUACUUAUUAGAUGAAGAAGAAUUUAUUGCUUCUGCAGAUAAAAGAAAAAAAGUAACAAUAGGAGAAUAUGUGCAAAGUUUGCUAUCUGACGAUAAAUAUUUUAAUACAGUAUUACCAAGAUUACCUAUAAAAAUAAAAAAUAUAUAUGGUGCACGUCUAAUGAUUAUAAAUGAUCAUAGAAGACGUUUAAAAAAAAAUAAAGAAAAAAUAUCUAAAUUUGUAAAAGGUGAACCUGUUGUAGCUUAUGUAAAUGGUGAAUGGGAAAAAGGAGAAAUAGGAGGUAUAUUAAAUCAUGGAAAAGAUAAAGUUUUCGUCCGAAUAAGAAAAAUUGAUGGAAAUGAAAAGUUGGUUAAUAUAGGAUAUGUAAAAUUAGAUAUUAAAGAUUCAAAAAAAGAGAAGGAUAUAAACAAAUAUAAUAGUGUAGACAGAAGUAGAAGUAGAAAUAACAGAAGUAAAAAAAGAGUUAGUAGAAGUGGAAGCAGAAGAAGAAGGAGAAGAAGUAGAAGUAGAAGUAGAAGAAAAAAUAAUAGAGGAGAGAAAAGUAGAAGUAGAGAAAGAAGAAGAAAAAGAACAAGUGAAGAAGAAAAAAAUUCUUCUCAUAACAGAUCCCAUGUUUCCCAUCGUGAUAUAUCAAUAAAUAAGCACAAUAAAAGAUCCCAUGAAAAAUCGUACAAAAGAAGAAAUAGGUCCAUAUCUAGAUCUAGUUCUAUAAAAAGAAAACACAAGAAAGAAAAAUAUGAAAAUACAGAAGAUGAAUUAAUUAGUAAAUUUAGAAAAAUAGAAAGUCAAAAAGCACUUGCAACUGGAAAAGAUUAUGCAAGAAGACCAACUUCAUAUAAAUCAUCUCUAUCACUAAAAGUAGAAAAUAUAUCAACUAGAAAAAAGUCUAGAUCAUUAUCUCCAAGAAGAAUAAAUAGAACAGUACAGGUUAUACAGAAAGAUAAAAAUAAUAACGAAAAUACUAUAGCAGAAAAUUCCAAAUUAAAAGAACUAAUUCAAAAAUACAAUAAAGAGGAAAAUGAUAUUAAAAAAAAAAUGAACACUAGAGAUUUAGAAGAAAUGGAUAUUAUGACAUUAGGAUAG